AUGUCUCAAAUUAUCCGGAGACACCAUUUAUUGGCAGAAGAGUUCAAACUCUUACAAUUACCAAGUAAUUCAGUAAACACUCUCCACUUAGAAGCUCGUCCUCACAAUGAUCCACCAGCAGAAGUCCACCAAGCUCCAGCUCGCCAGCUAGCAUCCUCACAACUGUACAACUGGCAAGGCAGCAAAACAACCAUGAAAGAAAGAUUUGCAUUUUUGUUCAACAAUGAAAUUCUAUCAGACGUAAGAUUUUUAGUGGGUCGAGUUGGACAGCAGCAACGAAUUCCCGCCCACAAGCUGGUGCUCUCAUCAGGCAGCGCAGUUUUUGACGCCAUGUUCAAUGGAACUCUCGCUACGGCCUCAGCAGAAAUAGAAGUACCAGACGUAGAGCCUGCUGCUUUUCUCGCGGUCUUAUUGUUCCUAUAUACCGACGAAAUCCAGAUUGAUCCCGACACGGUGAUGACUACUCUCUACACCGCUAAAAAAUACGCAGUUUCUCCAUUGGAAAAACACUGCGUUGAAUUUCUUCGCAGUCAUCUCACCCACGACAACGCAUUUUUAUUACUUACUCAAGCUAGGCUCUUUGAUGAACAGCAGCUGGCUGCUGUUUGCUUGGAUACUAUCGACAAGUUCACCACCGACGCGCUUAAUGCUGAUGGAUUUACGGAUAUUGAUAUUGAUACCUUGAUGGUAGUUCUUGAAAGAGACACUUUAAGAGUCAGAGAGUCAAAAAUCUUCCAGGCUGUUGUCAGAUGGUCCGAAGCUGAGUGUGUUAGACAACAAUUGCCAGUUACUCCAGAAAAUCAGAGAUCUGUGCUAGGGAGAGCGUUGUCUUUGGUUCGGUUUCCAUUGAUGUCUGUCGAGGAAUUUGCAAUGGGACCAGCUCAAUGUGGCUUGUUGACUGACAGAGAGGUAGUUUCUUUAUUUUUAUACUUUACGGUCAAUCCAAAACCAGCAGUUGGAUUUGAAGCUAUGCCAAGAUGUCGUAUGAUGGGAAAAGAAUUAACAGUCUGCAGGUUCCAGCAAACAGAUAGUCGUUGGGGUUACAAUGGAACUAGUGAUCGUAUAAGAUUCAGCGUAGACAGACGGAUAUUCUUGGUAGGCUACGGUGUUUACGGAAGCGUUCAUGGACCUGCUGAAUACGAAGUAUUGAUAGAACUGACCCACACUGCGUCUGGAAAGACAAUAGCAACUAACUCAACGAGCUUCAGCUGCGAUGGAUCUAACUAUACAUACCGGCUGAUGUUCAAGGAACCCAUCGAAAUAAUAGCUAACACCAUUUACACCGCCUCAGCUACUUUCAAAGGUCCUGAUUCUCAUUAUGGAACCAAAGGGCUGAGAUGUGUUUCUGUAGAUUGCUUCAAUAGUGGUAAAAAUAUUAUUAAGUUUCAAUUUAGCUUCGCUGCUGGAAAUAACAACGGAACUUCCAUCGAAGACGGCCAGAUUCCUGAAUUAAUUUUUUACACUUAA